AUGAUAAUCGAUAAUAUAUCUCUGCCAAGAAGUAAUAUUCUUGCUAAUGCUAAAUGGACACAAAACGCAGUGACUAUUGCUGGAGGUCACGGGCAAGGGAAUGCGACUAAUCAACUCAACUGGCCUUAUGAUCUCUUAGUUGAUGAUGAUCAAACAGUGAUUAUUGCUGACUACGGAAAUCAUCGUAUCAUGCAAUGGAAGAACGGUGAUACAACGAAUGCACAAGUUGUUGCUGGUGGUAAAGGUGCAGGAAAUGGAUUGAAUCAAUUGUAUCGCCCAACUGAUGUAUUAAUUGACAAAGGGACUGAUAGUCUCCUUAUUUGUGAUUGGGGGAAUCGACGAGUUGUACGAUGGUCUCGUCGUAGUGGCGCAACUAAAAGUGAAAUACUCAUCGACAACAUCGACUGUUGGGGAUUAGCUAUGGACGAUCAGAAAUAUCUCUACGUCUCUGACGUCGGAAAACAUGAAGUAAGACGAUAUCAAUUGGGUGAUCAGAAUGGCACUCUCGUAGCUGGUGGUAAUGGACAAAGGGAUGGACUCAAUCAACUCAACUACCCGACAUAUCUCUUUGUCGAUCGACAACAGAAUGUAUACGUAUCAGACUUCUACAAUCAUCGUGUAAUGAAAUGGAAUAAGGGUGCAAAAGAAGGGAUUGUGGUCGCUGGAGGACAAGGCCAAGGGAAUGCUCUGACACAACUGUAUUAUCCUCUCGGAAUCUUCAUUGAUACGUUGGGUACACUCUAUGUGGCAGACUCGGGGAAUCAUUGUGUAAUGCGUUGGACUCAAGGAGACAAGAAACAAGGCGCUGUAAUUGUGGGCGGAAACGGUUCAGGUGCAGGAGCAAAUCAGUUGGACGGUCCCAGGGGUUUGUCUUUCGAUCGACAUGGUAAUCUCUAUGUAGUCGAUUAUAAUAAUCAUCGUGUUCAACGAUUUUCUAUCAAAUAA